AAAUUACUCGCAUGCAGUAAGUAGAGUUUUAAAGGAACGCCAUGGCACAUCUUGUCUUGCCGGUAGUUAUGCUUUUAACUGCGCUGCUCGAUGCUGCGAUGUCUGAUAUUGGCGUAAGAAAGCCUGACGGUCCCUACAACAUUAAAACGUUUCUGGGCACGAAUGAAUCAAUUUGGACCUAUAAUUCUACAAUUCAUGCUAAUAUUACCUGCAAAGUUGAUUGUAUGGUCAAUAUGACAGAAAAAGCGAUUUACUUCAAUAGAACAUUCUAUUACCAUGGAAACAAGUCAGGAUAUCCGGUGGAAGGCACGUUUUUCCCCGAAGAGGACCCGCAACCGGAUACGAUAUUAUUCGGUCAACCAGGUGGCAUUGAUGAGGGUUAUGAGGUCCUAAUCUUCGCCAGCCAAAACAACAGCUGCGGGGUGAUUAAUGUGACACUAACAAUGGGCAUCCCAACCUUCUGGUUUGAUCUGCGCGUGAGAAAUUCAUCUGUCGACAAGGGGCCUUCCAUGGAGUGCCAAAAUCACUUCAAGCGCGUUGCUAACGUAUCUGAUCAGCUGUAUAAUCGGACAUGUCAGACGAUUUUAAAGCAUUCCAAUGUAACUCCGGUUAAGCUGUCCGAUAUAUUGAAAAAAUAAAACUAAACAUUA